AUGGUUCUUGAUGUCUCAUUUCCUUCUUCGUUGUUGUUGAUUUCUUGGUUUUCUUCUUCCUCUUCGUCUUCAUCGUCGGUAGUGAUAUCGGAUUGUGGAAAAGACCCAAAACACCGAAAAUCGAAACGAAUGGACUGCAGGCAUGUUAAGAACUGCAUGAUCUUUCUUAAAGCCAAGUGGCUCCAUCCAACUUGGUCUCUUGUGAAUUCUUUCAAUCUCUUCCAUGAUGAUUGUCAGCUUUUGCAUGAGUUUGUUUUAGACCUGACUUUGAUCUGCCCGGCGCACGUGACUUUGGGGGAGGUCGGUUCCGUGAUCUCGGAUCCCAUAUGCUUGUUUUUAUCCCAUAGAAGAUGGCUAGCUUGGCCACCACGUCCAUUUCUAGUGCUUGAUUUCUUAAGGAGACGGUGUUGGUGGCGCUUGUUGGGUUCCGAUGGCCUUGCAGGACUACUAACGUGCUUUGGUUGUCGUGAUCGUCCCUUUUAUGGGGCCACAACCGGGCAUAGAGGUGCCAGCGAGUUACAAAGAAUGGUUCGCACACGAAAUGGCGGAGUAACAAGCUCUCACAGAGGUGUAGAGCAGGAAGUUACUGAGCCGGUUGCACCAAGAAUGGUUCGCACACGAAAUGGCGGAUCGACAAGCUCUCACAGAGGUGUAGAGCAGGAAGCUACCGAGCCAGUUGUGCAAGAGACUGGUUCGGUUGAUCGACGGAAGCUAGAAGAGAUCGAAGCCGCACUAGCUGCCCUUAGAGCUCAUAUGAUAUCUUGUGAUCGUAUGAUGAGGAGAGUAGAGGAGACCCAAGAAGAUUUGCUUGAGACAGUGACUGAUUUGGGCAAUGAGGCAAGAGAUGCCAUAGGCGUGAUACAACUUGGGUAUGAUGAGCUGAAGGCUCAAGUCAGUGUGCUUCAGGCAGCGGUAGCUAGUUUGACCGUAAACCCUAUUGAAAGAGUGGGCACACGAGCCAAGAUCCCUGAUCCUCAACGCUUUGAUGGAGUGAGGGAUGCUAAAGAGCUUGAGAAUUUCUUAUUUGACAUAGAGCAGUAUUUUCGAGCUAUGCGGACGGAGUCUGAGGAAGAUAAGGUGGCAAUGGCUUCGAUGUAUCUAGGUGGUGACGCCAAGUUAUGGUGGCGGUCCAAGUUCAAAGAUGGAGUGUGCUCCAUUACGACUUGGGAUGCGUUAAAGAAGGAGUUGAAGACCUCCUUCCUCCCCGAGAAUGUUGAUUACAACGCUCAUAAGAAGCUAAGGGAAUUAUCCCACACUGGGACUAUACGGGAGUAUGUGAGAGAGUUCUCAACCUUGAUGUUGGAUAUAAAGGAUAUAUCAGAAAGAGAUAAGUUGUUUCAUUUUCUUGAAGGGCUCAAGCCAUGGGCUAGACUUGAGUUACAGAGACAGAAGGUUCAAGAUUUGACAAUAGCGAUAGCUGCUGCCGAGUGCCUUAAUGAUUAUAACGAUCAUCCUGGAAAGCGCAAGACGCCUUCUGUGAGUGGAGCUAACACCCAACAGGUUAGUGGGAACAAGUUGGCUCGAGGGGAGAAGACAUCGAGUUGGGGAGCAAAUAGAAGAGUCCCUGGAAGGGACCCAGCUCAAAAUAAAGUCCCUACUGGUCCUGGAUCGAGCAAUGGAGGGAAUAGACCCUCGUUAAGGUGUUUUCUUUGCAAUGGACCUCAUCGGGUUACAGAGUGUCCACAACGAAGUGCUUUUAAUGCCAUGGUUGCAACAACAAAGGACGGAGAAAGAGUGAACGCUCCGAUGGGAGAUACCGAGCCUGAGCCGGCUAGAAUGGGCUCCAUUCGAUUCAUAACUGCAUUACAGUCUCAGUUGAGUAACUUGAGGAAAGAACCAGAGAGGGGAUUGAUGUAUGUGGACAUCUCAGUAAAUGGGAAAACCUCUAAAGCUCUAGUCGACACAGGGGCCACAGAUACGUUUAUCUCUCCUGAGGAAGCGGAGAGAUGUAAGUUGAUUGUCACCAAGGAGGUGGGACAAAUGAAAGCAGUUAACUCUGCCACUUCAAUGAUAUGUGGAGGUGUGAAGAGGGUCAGUAUCAAGCUUGGGUCUUGGGAAGGAAGUGUAGAUUUCACUGUUUCCCAUAUGGAUGAUUUUGACGUGGUGUUAGGGCUCGAUUUUAUGAUGGCAUCCCAAGUGAUUCCUGUUCCGGCAUCAAGUUGUUUAAUGUUCAUGGGGGAGCAGCCAUGUGUGGUACCAGCUACGAUUCUCCCUCGUCCUGGGAAGAAGAUAUUGUCUGCUAUCCAAUUUAAGAGAGGGGUGAAAAAGGGGGAGCCCUCCUUCUUAGUCUUUCCAAUUUCCAAAGAGGAUGACAAUCUUGGCAUGGUGCCCAGGAAUGUUAAAGAAGUGCUGAGAGACUUUGAGGAUGUAAUGCCGGGUGAAUUGACGAAAGAGUUGCCCCCUAGACGGUUGGUGGACCAUGAGAUUGAAUUAAUUCCGGGAGUAAAACCUCCUGCGAAAUGCCCAUAUCGGAUGAGUCCUCCAGAGUUGGCAGAGUUGAGGAAACAGUUGGAUGAGUUGCUCCAAGCAGGAUUUAUUCGACCCUCGAAGUCACCUUUCGGGGCACCUGUGUUAUUCCAGAGAAAACAUGAUGGGAGUUUGAGAUUAUGUGUUGAUUAUAGAGCAUUAAACAAAGUGACUGUCAGGAAUAAAUAUCCCAUUCCGUUGAUUGUCGAUUUGUUAGACCAGCUGAGUAAUGCUAAGUAUUUCACGAAGUUGGAUCUCAGGUCGGGAUACCAUCAAGUGAGAGUGGCCGAAGGGGAUGAGCCUAAGACGACAUGUGUAACUCGGUAUGGAGCAUUUGAAUUUCUCGUUAUGCGUUUUGGACUAACCAAUGCUCCCGCUACUUUCUGCAUUUUAAUGAACCAGGUGUUCCAUGACUAUCUCGAUAAAUUCGUAGUCAUCUACUUGGACGAUAUAAUGAUUUUUAGCAAUUCGAUAGAAGAGCACUUGGAGCAUCUUCGGUUGGUGCUGACGAGAUUACGGGAAAAUCGGUUGUUUGUGAAGAAGGAGAAAUGUGCUUUCGCCCAAACGCAAGUCCAAUUUUUGGGCCACAUCAUUGAACGAGGGCGCAUUCGUAUGGAUAAAGAGAAGGUGAAGGCUAUCCAGGAGUGGCCGACCCCACAAAAUGUUAGUGAGCUUAGAUCUUUCCUUGGUUUGGCCAAUUAUUAUAGACGAUUCGUAGAAGGUUAUUCUCGUAGAGUAAAGUUACUCACCGAUUUGCUGAAGAAAGGCUGCGAGUGGGUUUGGUCCAAGGACUGUCAAGAGGCCUUUGACGAUUUAAAGAAGGUUGUAAUCAGUGAACCAGUGCUUACCUUUCCAGACCUGGAAAAACCUAUAGUAGUAAAGAGAGACGCAUCCGACUAUGCAAUUGGAGGCGUACUCUUACAAGACAAACAUCCCGUGGCGUUUGAGAGUAGGAAGCUAAAUGAAACUGAAGCGAGAUAUACGGCUCCAGAGAAAGAACUUCUCGUAGUAAUUCAUUGCUUGAGGAUUUGGAGGCAUUAUUUGUUGGGUUCCAAAUUUGUGGUAAAGACCGAUAAUACAGUAGUUAGCCACUUCCUUACACAACCGAAACUAACAGCAAAGCAAGCUAGAUGGCAAGAGUUUCUGGCCGAGUUUGACUUCAACUUUGAGCAUAAGGUGGGGAAUGCUUCGUACAAAGUUGACCCUCCUACUUGGAUGAGAGUUCACCCUGUCUUCCAUGUGAGCAAUUUGAAGCCGUUUCACACCGAUCCCAAUAUCGAUAAUCAGAGUAUGUCUGCCAGGGAGUCAAUCGGCACACAACCACCCUCACAGCGUCAUGUUGACGAGAUUCUAGCAGGGAGAAUUGUUAAGGUGGGUGGAAAGCAAAGACGGGAGUAUCUAGUCAAGUGGGGAGGCUUUGAUCAGGAAGAGAACACUUGGGAAAGAGAGUAUGAUCUCAGGGCAUUUAAGCAACAGAUUGAAGAGUUUCAGGCCAAGCAGUCGACGAGGACGUCGACAAAUUAG